CGCGUGUUUAGGCAACCAGUGUACGCGACGUGACACGCCCAGCGUCGUUACGCGUUACCAGCGGCUUGGGUGACGUAGUUGCCCCUGGUAACCUGGAGAGUCGUGGAGAGGAUGGGUCUGCUGUCUAUCUUGCGUAAAUUGAAAAGUGCUCCAGAUCAGGAGGUACGAAUCCUGCUCUUGGGCCUCGAUAAUGCAGGAAAAACCACACUGUUAAAGCAAUUGGCGUCGGAGGACAUAAGUCACAUCACUCCAACACAGGGAUUUAAUAUCAAGAGUGUACAAUCUCAGGGGUUCAAACUCAAUGUAUGGGACAUAGGCGGACAGAGGAAAAUCAGGCCGUACUGGAGGAACUAUUUUGAGAAUACUGAUGUACUUAUAUACGUCAUUGACAGCGCAGAUAGAAAACGGUUUGAAGAAACGGGUCAGGAAUUGGCUGAGCUGCUGGACGAGGAGAAACUGAGCGGAGUCCCUGUGCUGAUCUUUGCAAAUAAACAGGAUUUACUGACGGCUGCACCGGCCUCCGAAAUAGCGGAAGGCCUGAAUUUGCACACAAUUCGAGACAGAGUCUGGCAGAUUCAGUCAUGUUCAGCCCUCACAGGAGAGGGAGUACAGGAUGGAAUGAACUGGGUCUGCAAAAAUGUUAACGCAAAGAAGAAGUAAUGGACUGAAAACAGUAAUGGAUCCACUCAAGACUGCUACACCAACUUUCUAUUCACCUGCAAAGGACUCUGAGGUCACAGCUAACUUGUCUUUUUGCACCAAUUCGCGAUUAAACAGAAAUAAACACUAUAUGCUGCCGACCAGGAGUAGCUCAUUCCAGACAAAAGCAUGUCUUACACUCGUUUAGCCUACCUGCCAUGUAUUUAAUCUUUUCAAUGGAAGUCAUGUUUCUUUAGACUCCAGUGUAACUGAAGAUCUACUGUAGUUGUAGAAAAGGGUCUUUGUUCAAUGCCUAUUGUACCAUUCAUUGGCAUCAGUAGGUGAUGUAAGAAUGCUUUAUAAUAGUAGCUGCUCUGUAUUAAUGCCCAGGUGACCUCUAUUCACUAUACACCAUUGGAAUGCAAGGGAAUAGAUGGAAAUGUAAGAAAAUAUGUUUACUACAAGAGACACUUUAGUAAUUUUUGUAGCCACGGCUGUUUGUCAUCCCAAGGAACAUUUAUGAAUGGUCAGUAGCUUUCUUCCUGCUCCUCAUCUUUGUGUUUAGUCGCUUUCUGAUGGUUAAUGAGCAAUACUUGUCAUUAGAGUAGACCUGGUAUAACCUACAGCAGCCACUUAGAUCAGAUUCUUCAUUGGGUUUCUUUCCAAUAGUCACAGAAUCACAUUUGAUGCUCAAAGGUCACAGAGUUUUGAGAGAACUUUUGAUUCAAUGCAUUCGGAAAGUCUUCAGACCCUUUCACUUUAGUCACAUUUUGUUAUGUUGUGGCCUUGUACUAAAUAAAAUCAAAUUCAAGUUUUCACCCCAUCAUUCUGCCCUCAACAGCCCACAACAUGAGAACAGAAUGUUAGAAAUCUUUGCAAAUUUAUUGAAAAGGAAAAACUAAAAUCUUGCAUUGACCUAAAUAUUCAACCCUUUACUCAGGACUUAGUUGAAGCACCUUUUG